AUGCAAGACAAUUCUGCACAGGAAAAACAGAUGAAGUCCCAUUAUUACUACCCACUUCCUGAUUCAGAUUCUUCUUCCACAAAAGCUGAUCUGAGGAAUGAGGAAAAACAAGGAACUUGUGCACAUGAGGCUCCUGAAGCUAGCUCUCACAAGCAUAACAUAUCUGAGGAUUCUGUUUCAUACCAAAGCAAGUCUCAUCUCAACAAAUAUGCACUUGCUGGUGCUAUUUUGGCUUCAACAAACUCUAUUCUCUUGGGCUAUGAUAUUGGGGUCAUGAGUGGUGCUGUGCUUUUUAUAAGGGAAGAUCUUAAUAUCACAUCAGUCCAAGUAGAAAUACUUGUGGGGUGCUUAAAUGUGUGUUCAUUGAUUGGAUCUCUAGCUUCAGGCAAGACUUCUGAUUGGAUUGGAAGAAGGUACACAAUAAUUCUUGCUGCAGCAACAUUCUUAAUAGGUGCUGUGUUGAUGGGGCUAGCACCUUCAUUCCCAUUCCUAAUGGCUGGUCGUGUAGUUGCUGGCAUUGGUGUUGGUUACUCUCUUACGAUUGCCCCAGUUUAUGUAGCUGAACUUUCACCUACUCUUACAAGAGGCUUCCUCACAUCACUCCCUGAAGUCUUCAUCAAUGUUGGCAUUCUAAUUGGUUACAUUUCAAACUAUGCUCUUUCAGGCCUCCCAAAAGAUAUAAAUUGGAGACUAAUGCUUGGUCUUGCAGCAUUACCAGCACUUUUUGUGGCAAUGGGUGUGCUAGCAAUGCCAGAGUCACCUAGAUGGCUUGUAGUGAAAGGUAGGUUUCAGGAAGCAAAACAGGUUUUGAUUAGAACAUCAGAUAACAAAGGAGAAGCUGAACUUAGGCUUGCUGAAAUAUCAGAAGCUGCUUCAAUCACAAACCAGGACAAUGCAGGACAUGGUCAAGGUGUUUGGAAGGAGUUGCUUUUCUCACCCUCUCGCCCUGUCUUAAGGAUUCUUGUUGCUGCCAUUGGUGUUAACUUCUUCAUGCAAGCUUCUGGGAAUGAUGCUGUUGUUUAUUACAGCCCAGAAGUGUUUAAGGAAGCUGGGAUUCAGGGUGAAAAGCAGCUUUUUGGUGUUACAAUUAUCAUGGGAAUAACCAAGACUUGCUUUGUUUUCAUUUCAGCUUUGUUCUUGGACCGUUUUGGGAGGAGGCCCAUGUUGUUGUUGGGCUCAUCUGGCAUGGCAGUGUCAUUGUUUAUACUGGGCUUGGGCUGCACCUUGCUUCAGUUGUCUGAUAAUAAGCCCGGAUGGGCCAUUGCUUUAUGUGUGGUUUCUGUGUGUGCUACAGUUUCCUUCUUCUCUAUUGGGCUUGGGCCCAUAACAUGGGUCUACUCAUCAGAGAUUUUCCCUAUGAGGUUAAGGGCCCAAGGUUCCAGCUUGGCCAUUUCUGUGAACCGUUUGGUGAGUGGGAUAUUGUCCAUGACAUUCCUUAGUAUUUCAGAGGCAAUAACAUUUGGGGGUGUGUUCUUUGUACUCUCUGGGGUAAUGGUGGUUGGCACAUUUUUCUUUUAUUACUUUCUACCAGAGACCAAAGGCAAGAGCUUAGAGGAGAUUGAAGCUUUGUUUGAAGAUGAUGCACAUUGA